UAAUUCAGCACGGCAUGUAUUUUGUACAUUACUUAUUGACUUCGACAAUUCACUUUUGACAUUUUGGCUACAUCUCCCUAACUGCCAAUCCAAAACACUCGACGGCGUAUAUUACGGAGUAAAGGACAUAUUUAAGUUUCUCCAAUAUCAGCUUCGACCUUUACAUAUACAAACACUUUCUGUCCUCCGGAAAACGCGGAACAAGCAGACGACACACUGUAAGAUUUCCGCUAAACUCCUUUUGACUAAUAGAACGAUUCCAUGAUUGGUUUUAGUUGCGGAUAUUUUAUCUGUUCGAAGUUUGGACGAUAUUUUUUUUUCAAUUCUGGAAAUAUCGAUCUGAGAACAGUGAGGAAUGCAUGGCUGUACAUCAAUGCGAUCAGUCGGUGGUUAUUGUUAGCGGAAUACAGUCGAUACUUUGUAAUAAAAUCAUAAAAAGCGGCUUCCAUUCCGGCAUUCUGAUUUCAAAGACUUUAAUUUGUUUGGAAUUAUGUGGACGUGUUACAGGAAUAAGUUCAUUAUAAAAAGUGACAGUGGUCUAAAUCAGUGUUCAAUGAGCCGUUAGUUAAAUAUAGCACUCUAAUAAAAAACGACUGAUUUUAUCUUUUUGGCUAAUGAAUGAGAUAAAAAGCAGUUCAAUAUAUAUUGCUAUGUACGCAGGAAGCGGUAUUGUCUUGUUCGCAUGAUUGAAAUUAUGAAUUAUUUAGCAGGGCGGCAUGUCCGCAAUGAUUCAAAGUUAAUCAAUUCUAGUAAACUGGUCAGUAACUUAUUUUCAACUGGGUGUUUAUUCGCCUGAAGCUCGUUACAGAAUGAAGGUGACGUUGUUUUUAUUAUGCCGUGGAAUACCUGCAAGGUGGUUUUCAUUUUUCGACAAAAUUUAAUUUAACAGUUUAUAUGUGUCCGAAGAAGUUGUAAUUAAACAGUUAUUGUGCUAACAUAAAUAUUUAAUGAUCUAACAGUGAAAAAGAAAGGAUUGUUCUACAAGGAUUUUGUUAUACAGUUAAACACUAUGAAUGCGAAACCAACGCGCUUUUUUAUUUUAGAAACAAAACAGUGUUCAUAUGAUGAAAAAAAAAUAAAUGGAAUUUAAAUGUAGAAGUAGAAAAAAAACAUUUCUAUAUCACAAGCGAGAGUAAAAAAGCUUGAGAAGUGAAAUCCACGUCGAAAAAAAGUGCUGUAACGUUAUCCUAAAAUAACUAAAAGAUAGAUUACAUAUGGCUAAUGAAAAAAAAUGUCUUGAAAAAAACCAAAUGAGGUCUACCAACUGGAACAUCUGACUCUGCAUGGAUGUCACGGUUUUGUAUCGAUCUCGGUAAAUACUCCUUUCAAAGAGCGUGAAAAUAAUGGCAACUGAUAUGGCAGGUGGUACUCUUGCAGCAACUAUGCUGGGUUUGAAUGGAACUGAUGUAGAGGAAUUGUGUAAAAACAUGAGUAGUUUAUGUGGAAAUGAAACUUUGCUGAAUAAUGGUACAAAUGCCACAGGCAAUAACACAGAGGGACUAGCUACUGGCUCACUGGAACUUCCGCAUCCGGUAUGGUUAACAAUUGUGUUAGGAAUAGCAGCCGCCAUAGUGAUAAUUGUGACUGUUCUCGGGAAUAUUCUGGUGCUUCUAUCAUUUGUACUAGAGAGGUCUAUACGACAGCCAACAAACUACUUUAUUGCCUCCUUAGCCAUGUCUGAUUUACUCAUAGGGACGUUUUCCAUGCCAUGUUUUACAUUGUAUUUGCUUUUGGGCUACUGGCCGCUCGGUGAAAUUAUUUGCGAUAUUUGGUUGUCUUUAGACUGGACGAUUUGCCUAGCGUCUCAGUACACCGUUUUCUUCAUAACAACCGAUAGAUUUUGCAGUGUUAAAUAUCCGGCGAAAUAUAGAAAUUGGAGAACGGACAAAAAAGUUAGAAUAAUGAUAGCAUUGUCGUGGACUAUCCCAUCAUUAGUAUUUUUUACAACAAUUAUCGGUUGGCAAUAUUUUGUUGGUGAGAGGACUGUUGAACCGAAAACUUGCGAGGUCCAAUUCUUGAGCGACCCAUUAUUUCCUUUUUUGCUUACAAUUGUGUACUUCUGGACAACUCUUAUAGUCAUGAUUACGCUUUAUGUUGGAAUUUACCGCGUUGCCUUGGCUCUACAAAGGAAAUCCAAUGAAAAACAUAAGAAAAUGAAUCAUGCUAUGGAACUUGCAAAAAAUAAAACAACUAAGGCUUCAAGCGGAGGAGCCAAAGCGAAAGAAAGUAAGAAGCGAGUUGAAAAUAAUAAUGCUCGCUAUUUAAGAGGUGUGCAAGAAAAUAACACAUUGACAACGAGUUUCUCGAGACAUUCUGACAAUGAAUAUUCUAAACCGUCUGAGGAAGACCGAAGUUCGAGUCCUGCAUUUGCUUCGGAUGAAGAUGAAGGUAGCAGUGCAGAGAUGAAAAAAGAAGGAUGUUAUGUGAAUAGUGCGGUUCAAACGGAACCAACAUUGAAAGGCAUGCUUGGUUCUUCAGUAAACCACAUGUCACGUCUAGCCUUUUCUCUAUCCGGAACAAGUGUUAGCGCUUCACAGGCAUCAAGUUCCGGGGAUAAAGAUUCAUCUGACGAACAUCAACAUCAACAUGAAGUGGAUCAUAUUAAGCCAUUAUUGCAAGAGUCGAAUCAAGUUAUGUUCAAACCAGUUAAAGAAUCGCCGAAACCAAACUUUGACGGAGUACUUUUUAAGGAAGAAAACCAAAUCAUUGACAAACAUAAUGAAUCCGCAACUCCAUUAAUUGAAAGUGAUGUUCUAGAUGGUAUACGAUAUAUCGACGAGGACAGCCUUAAAUCCCUAACUUCAACCGACAAUGUCAAACUUUUAGCAGAAAUUAAAGAAUUGUCACCACGUAAAACAGAGGCAGAGUCUCCUGUCUGGAGAAAGAGAGUUGUUGAUGAUGAUAAAUCUCUUCUGGUUCCUAAUUCAGGAGAGUCUGGAAGUUCUGAAGCAAUGUCAUCAUCUGUCAUUGAAACAACCGCGCCAAAUCACGCGAACCAUAAUAAAAAGUGCAAUGAUGUUAAUAAUAAGAAGGCAGACUCUCACAAAGUGCUAACAAAAAGUCGAAAAGAUGAAAACAAAAGACUCAAAUCUAAUGUACGAAACCAUAAUGAUAAGAAAUCAAAAGAUAAACAUACAAUAGGUAGUCCAUUACAGUCUUUAGUACGGUCACUAAGACCAUCUGCUAAUAAGAAAGCAAAGCCAGUAAAAUCAAAAUCAGAAAAUCGAGCACGGAAGGCUUUAAGAACGAUCUCCAUCAUCCUGGGUGCUUAUGUACUUUGCUGGACACCGUAUCACGUGAUGGUAUUCAUAAUUGGAAUAUGUGGCAACUGGAGUUGUAUAAACUUACACGUUUAUUACUUCACUUACUGGCUGUGUUACUUGAACAGUCCUAUAAAUCCAUUCUGUUACGCCUUCGCCAACGCCCAGUUCAAAAGAACGUUUAUUAGAAUAUUAAAAUUUGACUUCCACCGUACGUAAUGAAAGACGUAUUAGUGUAAAUCAUUUGUAUAGAUAUCAUAUGUUGUACAUUCGAUAUUAUGUGAACAAAAAAUAAGCAAUGAACAGUUAAUAGUUACGCGUAUGCUAUGGAAAUAAAAAUAAUUUGAUUCGCGUUGGAAUAACAUGAAAAAAGAUAUGAAGAGACAAAAGCGGAAGCUUCAGAAACAGUACAUUAGUUACAUACAUUCAAUUUUUGUGUAAAUGCGUUAUAAUUGUAAAUGGUGCGCAAGUGUACGAGCAUAUAGCAAAAUCAUGAUAGACAUGUCCGAAACUGCAAGUUAACGUUACAUUAAUAUGAACAUAUUCUUCUUUAUCAUUUGUUUAAAUGACACUCCUAUCAAGGAAUUGUGUUAAUGAACAAUGUAUGUUAUGAAACGCUUUCUACGUAGAUAAUUGUAUUAUUUGCCUAAAGUAAAUGUAUUGCAACCUGUGUAAAUCAUGCUACGUAUUUUUAAAAAUGUGUGAAAUGGAAUUAGGGGAUGUUUCCCUAACCAUUUAGAUGUAUUUCUUAUUUUUGGAAUAAGAAUCUUAAUGCAAAUGUUUUCUGAAAAAAAUAAUGAGUAAAUUUAAUAUACGUUUGUAAACACAGACUUAUAUUAAAGUAAGUUUUGGUUUUUUUAGUACAAGUUUGUCAGAAAUGCAACAAAAAUGUAUUUUCUUUGAAGUAUUCAGUCCAAUGUUAUGAAUGACAUUCUCCAAAAAGGAAAGUUCAUAUUGCAUAUUCUUCUAAAGAUCAUAUUGCGUAUAUAAAUGUCUGAAUUAUUAUGAAUUAUGUGAAAAAAAAACAAACAAAUAAAAACAAUGUGCAAAUCAAGAGAAUUAAGCAUAUGACCAAAACUUUUUUUUCAAUGGUCAUUCCAUUCUCUGGAUACAAAACGUUAAAAUGUAGUUUUUAUGAUCAUACUUAUUUGUGUGUUGCUUCUUACACAGCUCAACAUCCAUGAGUCACUAAAGAAUUGAUGAAGAAAUUAUUUUCCACAAGGUACCUUUAUCGUAUUUCUUUAAUAAUAAGAGUUUUAGCUUUAAUGUCUAAAUAAACAAGUAAUGUGAUAGAAUUUACCACAUUGAAAACAGAAAUGAAACCAUAAAGACGUUGAUUUACAAUUGCAUUGUCUUAAAUUGAUGUAAAAAAAAGAGUAAUAUAAGUGGUAUUGACCGCAAGUUUUGCGCCAGAUGACGCUUCCUUUUUAAUUUAUUUAGAAAUUUCACCCUACAUAUAAACCAAUUAAUGGGCCCAUAUAGAAGACGCAGCUAUCAGCAGUCAGUGGAGUCAUCGCGAGGUGAUGUUUGACUACAUCUAGCAUAUUCACUUUAAAAACAUAUUAAGGUUAACGUUAAUAUAACACACAAAAGUAGACGAUAUUCGUCGAACUAAGUCAGCUAGACACCUGGUUUAUUUACCAACAAAAUAGACCAAUUCAUUUACUUAAUGACACAAUUUUUUACUUGUCGUUUUUUAGUUUAAUUUAGAGUGUUGCCUGACCGUAACGCUGACGUU